AUGGAGCCCGUGCUACCGCAGGGAAAUGCAGCUGAUAAUUCCUACGGCCUUUUGUCAGCUCCAAAGGAGCAAAGAAGUUGUGCUGCUGAUACCCUUGCUGUGAGGCAGAAGAGAAGGAUCUAUGAUAUCACCAACGUUUUGGAGGGGAUUGAUCUCAUUGAGAAGAAGUCAAAGAACAGCAUUCAGUGGAAAGGAGUAGGUGCUGGCUGCAAUACAAAAGAAGUCAUAGACAGGCUGAGGUAUCUGGAAGCUGAAAUUGAAGAUCUAGAACUAAAAGAGAAGGAAUUGGAUCAGCAGAAACUGUGGCUUCAGCAAAGUAUCAAGAAUGUCAUGGAUGAUUCUACAAACCACCAGUUUUCGUAUGUCACCCAUGAAGAUAUCUGCAACUGCUUCAAUGGAGACACACUUCUAGCAAUUCAAGCACCUUGUGGUACACAGUUAGAAGUACCUAUACCCGAAAUGGGACAGAAUGGACAGAAGAAAUACCAGAUCAAUCUUAAAAGUAGUUCAGGACCUAUCCAUGUGCUGCUUAUAAAUAAAGAAUCAAACUCCUCCAAGCCCAUGGUGUUUCCAGUUCCUCCGCCCGAUGACCUUGCACAGCCCCCAACUCAACCUGCGGCUCCAGCGACUCCCCGUAAGCCUGCGACAGCUCCUCAAAAUCCACCAGAGCAACAUGACCUGAACCAAGGACAAGAGUUACCGCAAACAUCAGUUGCGGACACGCCGUCAGACGGCAGCGUGCAGCAGGAGGGGGCAACCCCAGCGGGUCCUUACUCCAGCCUUGCAGAGUCGGUGCUGUACCCCAGCCUUUCAGGAGAUGUCGCCCAAGCUACAGCUAGCUCAAAUGACUACCAGGGCUUGCUGCCCCUGGAUGUUAACUGUAUUCUCAAGCCAAACUCAUUCGACAUAGCAAAGAUGGAGGAGCCCACAGGAAAUAUCAGUGGGGAUAUUAUUGAUGAACUCAUGUGUUCUGACGUUUUUCCUCUCUUACGACUCUCUCCUACUCCCGGAGAUGACUACAACUUUAACCUGGAUGAUAAUGAAGGAGUCUGUGAUCUCUUUGAUGUGCAGAUACUAAAUUAUUAGAUAUUGUGUCAACCGGACUACUUAUCUACCUCUAACUAUAACAUUCUAGACUUCUUCAUAACCUAAGUAUUUGAAUAAUGAAUGUAUAACUUCUUAGUUCACUGACUCUGGGAGUAUAUUUCCUUUUGCUUCCUUUAACUACUUCACAAAACAAAUUCAACAACCAGAAAAAAGGGCUUUUAUAAAAAACUCUGGAACAUUUUUUUCACCCAAGUAUCCUCUGUGUAAUCUAUUUGGAGUUUUCUUUAGUAAGAAAAGUGAAAAUGCUUUAUAGCCUUUUCAUCACUUUUUAAAAAAUGAUUAGGCUUCUUGCUCACAGUUAACAGCAUUUUCUUUGAAGCUUUACUGCCAAGAAGCUUUCUAUUUUUUUUAACCUUCCAAUCAAUUUUGAAGCUUUCACUGCCAAGCUGAAAAGUGAAGGAUAUCAAUUUGAGUUACGCUAAAUUGUUUCAGUGAACCAAUUUUGUGAAGUGCCUUCUGUUUUAGCACUUUAAGUUUCUCACACUGACUUCUGACAUUCCACUUUCCUAGAUGAUAGGAAAGGUCUGUUUGUAGUUUGUAUUAAAGUGUGCCAAUACUUGUAUAUUAACAAGAUUUUUUUAAUAAAAUUGUACAAACAAA